AUGGGCUCAACACCGUCCGGGAUUGCGACGCCGCAGCCAGAUCCCUCCGACAAGCGCGUCCCGGGGAUCAUGCCUAGUUUCUUUGCACAGGUUCGUGCCGGUUCCGAUUCUACUUCAGCCCCUACCAGUCUACGAUCUCCUCCUCCUCCUCCUCCUCCUCCUCCUCCUCACAUGCCUCCUUCAGCCCGCCAUACCCCAGGGGAGCAUAAUAGUGAUGAUAGUUUUGUUGUUGGGAAGAAUUGCCAGCAGACCGGAGAGACACAGGAAAUAUUAUCGGAUGUAAUACUGAACCCGCCAAAUCAUCAAUCACAACCUAUACACUGCCCUUCCCUGGCUGAGUCGACCAACCUGCUGGAUCGUGGUCAGAACCCUGCGCGUGUUGUCCCAUGCUCCCGUCCUGCCACCGCCCAGAGCCUGGAAGUCAUAUCGGCUAAAGAGUGCCUCGCCUCUUCCAAGGAUGCGGGCAGCGGUGGCGGCGGCCAUGGUGAUGCUAUCAACCCUCUACCGACUCCUCCCCGCUCUUCAUUCUGCUCCAUCACCCAAAGGGAUACCGAGGAGGCUGAGAACGGUGCCCCAGAAAUCGAUACGGGAGUGAGCUCGGUUUAUCGCGCCCUGAAGAACCUUAUCUUCUCCAAAUCUUCACAAAAGCAAAAGCCAAAACGACAUACUUCCUUUCCUGUCUCCAGUGUCUCCCCUGAUGCCGUCAUGGCCUCCCAUUUCUCUAAACCUUCCCGCCCUUCUUCACAGUCAAUUUCACAAUCCCACUCCCUAUCAUCUUCCAAGUCUCCCUCCCAGCAUCAUACCUCAAUCUCCAGUUCUUGUGAGGAUCUGGAAAAGCUGACAGACAGCGCGGCCGCUGGUCCGCGUACAAAGAACACCCCUCCUCUCACCCCCCGCGCGAUGUCCAAUGAAACCGAUGCCGCGGAAAAACGAGAUCCCCCGAGGUCGAUAAUAGAGCACUCCCCACCUCACCAUGCUAACACCCCAGACGGUAUUCAGGGAAGAAACUCGACCACAUCGUCUACUGCGCGGAAAAGCAAAUCCAGCAAGCCUUCGGCCUCUUCUAGAUCUAGCGGAGCCUCAGAAGAGUCCGGGGUGCCGGUAACAGCUUCUUUAAAGGGCAAACUAACCGUAAAGAUAGUUGAAGGGCGAGGAUUGCGUCCCAGCGUUGAUCCUGACGUUCUUGGCCAUCAAUCGGAACUUGACGUGUCUGUCUAUGAUCGUUCGAACCAUGAAGCUUUCCUUGGUCACCUGAAGCUAUCUCUCCACCUGAAAAACGACCGUACCACGCUGUCGGGGUGGUAUCCUCUCCAGCCACUCGCUCACGGUCAGGGGCCCGUGUCAGGAGAGAUAUAUCUCCAAAUGAGCUUCCAGAAGACCGACAAGAAACAUUUCGGCCCGAACGACUUCCAGAUCCUCAAGUUGAUCGGAAAAGGUACGUUUGGACAGGUAUAUCAGGUGAGAAAGAAAGAUACGCAGCGGAUUUACGCGAUGAAAGUCUUGUCCAAGAAGGUUAUUAUCCAGAAGAAGGAGAUCGCCCAUACCCUUGGAGAGAGAAACAUCCUUGUCCGCACAGCGAUGACGGAUUCUCCGUUUAUCGUUGGCCUAAAGUUCUCCUUCCAGACUCCUACGGAUCUAUACCUUGUCACGGACUACAUGUCGGGUGGCGAACUAUUCUGGCAUCUCCAGAAAGAAGGGCGAUUCCUCGAAGCUCGUGCAAAGUUCUACAUUGCCGAGUUGAUCCUUGCCCUGCAACAUCUUCAUGAUCACGAUAUCGUGUACCGUGAUCUGAAGCCUGAGAACAUCCUUCUCGAUGCCAAUGGACACAUCGCACUAUGUGAUUUUGGUCUCUCAAAGGCUAAUCUUACCAAGGACGACACCACCAAUACAUUCUGUGGUACAACAGAAUACCUUGCCCCGGAGGUCCUGCUCAAUGAAACCGGAUACACCAAAAUGGUUGACUUCUGGUCCCUGGGUGUCCUUGUCUUUGAGAUGUGUUGCGGCUGGAGUCCUUUCUAUGCCGAGGAUACCCAGCAAAUGUACAAGAACAUCGCGUUUGGCAAGGUUCGGUUUCCUCGCGACGCCCUUAGUGCUGAAGGGAGGAAUUUCGUCAAGGGCCUGCUGAACCGAAACCCUGAACACCGGCUUGGCUACCGGGAUGACGCCAAGGAGCUUAUGGCACACCCAUUCUUCCACGAUAUCGACUGGGUCGUUCUGGCUAACAAGGGUGUCAUUCCUCCCUUUAAACCAACAUUGACAUCUGUCAUGGACACGUCUUACUUCGACCCGGAGUUUACCACUGCUCUGGAGCAGUCUGCGUCUCUGAACGCGAGAGCCGCCGCGUUGGCGAACGGGCUGAAUCCUGUUGGCACACCAUUGUCUCCGGGCAUGCAAGCGAACUUCAAGGGUUUCACUUUUGUCAACGAGAGUUCGAUGGAACACCAUAUGAGCCAUGGCCAAGAGAAUUACUCUAGCAAUCCGGCAGAUGACUACAUGGAAGAGGACUUCCCCGAACACGAUCAAUGGGCGCAACCUCACAAGGUCAGCGGCAGCAGCAGAGUUGGCGUAGGCCAUAGCUCCGGCCCUGACCACAGCCAUCGCAUGAGCGGAGUUGAACGCACGAACGCAACAACAUCAAAUGGCGAUGCAGAUGCAGGAAUAUUCCAUGACGACUACCACUUUGAGAUGUGA